AUGCCACGCCAAGCAGCAGUAAAUCUAUUUUUACGCUUGAUGGAUUUGAAUAUCGAUGACGCUGUCAUUCGAUUUCGUCGUCGCAAUUUAAAAAUACGAAAUGUUAAUGAACGGACACGCAAAUUGGGUAGUGGCGUUCAGUUGUAA